CUUCACUUUCCUCUUGCCAUCGCCAAGAGCAAAAAGUUACUCCCAAGUUUCGGCGUUAGGAUGAACGACGGCAAUACUUUCGUCGCACCACUAAAGCUGUGUCAGGUCUGCAGCAAGCGCGGAGAGUUACGCCAGUGUGCCAACUGCAAGACCGUCCAAUAUUGCUCACGCGAGUGUCAAAAGGCUCACUGGCCAAAACAUAAAGUUCACUGCAAACAAUCACAACAACGUUCCGAGGAAUUUGCCGCGUUCAAAGCUAGCAACCCUAUAUUUGCACAACAUGUCCAAUCACUUGGGAAGUUCUCCCAGAUUUGGAGCGACGCUCUCUUUGGUUGGGCGGCUUGCGCAGUCGACCUAGCUGUCAUCUUGAAGCAAGACCUCAAUUACUUGGAAAAGCAUAGUUUCUUCGUGACCAUUGAGCGACGUUCCGACGUUGCAGCCAAUGCACCUGUGAAAACUGCGUUUGAGGUAAUCGACGCAGGUAUGCGUGCCGACGAGGAGAUUAUGCUCGAAUUCGAACGCAUGGAACUGAAAACCGGCUUCACCGAACCCAAAAAGAUGUUCCAGUCUCAGAAAGCGAACCCGUAUCUUCUGCGGAUGGUCGUCGUUCAGCCCUCGCUUUGUCUCUCCAUAUACUUAUCGGAGUUGAUUCCCAGAAUUAUGCCCUCUGAAAACAUUAUAUCUUGGGCAAACGACAAGAUAUUAUCCUCGACACUAGCGGCGCUUUGGCUACAAUCAUGUCGAGAUAGCAUCCGGAUAGGCAACACUUCGGGUCAUUUGAAGCUGGUCAAGGACGUGAGACAGGCUAUCGGGGUUGAUUGA